UUUUCUCUUCCUCCUCCCCCCAGCAGCAGCGAGGAGGGAAACGCUGCGAUCGCAGCGCAGCUCACAGAGGGAGGAAGUCAGAGCAGUACUCUGCAGGUUCAGGCUGGCAGACGCACACAGAACCCAGCGGACUGAGCACCAGCCCCUCAUCCUGCUCUGUCCUCUCUGGUUCUGAUAAAUCCAGUUCACACUUCGUUUGGUGAGUCACUUUGAAGGAAUGGGUCCAGACUCGCCGUCCGUCCUCCCAGAGACGAUGAAUAACAGUAACUCCACCGAAUGUGAACCAGUUCACAAAUCGACCAACACCUUCUUCAUGGUGAUCUACAGUCUUAUUUUUCUGGUGGGUUUGAUCCUGAAUGGAUUCACGCUGCGGGUUUAUUUCUGCGUGUCGCAGCGCCGGGCGUCCAGCAGCGUCACCGUCUUCCUGAAGAACCUGGCGGCCUCCGACUUUCUCAUCAGCCUCUGCCUCCCGCUGCGCAUCAUGAACUUCGCCACCAACUCCACCCUCAUCCGACAGGUCUACUGCAACUUCGGCGCCUCCGCGUUUUACCUCAACAUGUACGCCAGCAUCCUGUUCAUGGGCUACAUCGCCGCCAACAGGUACAUGAAGAUCGUCCAUCCUUUGGGAAAUCACUUCAUCCACAAGGCCCGAGCCGCUUACAUCAUCUCCAUCUUGACGUGGGGUUUCCUCCUGACGAUGACCAGCACCUACGUGAUCCUCUCCCUCCUCACCCAGAAGUCUCAGGAGAAUCUGCCCGGUACGGUCAGCUGUGACGUCCUGCACAGCGUUCAGCUCAGACUGCUCUACAAGGUCAUCCACGCCUGCUCCGCCGCCAUCUUCUUGGCCGUCCUCAUCAGCCUCAUCUGGUUUUACUACAGCACCUCCCGCAGGCUGGCGCAGGCGCAGAAGAAUCAGUCGAUUACCAGCAACUCCAAGAAGCUCGCUAAGUCCCGGCGGAACAUGCUGGUUCUGGUCACGGUCUUCUGCAUCUGCUUUGUCCCCUACCACCUGAUUCGCCUUCCCUACGCCUUCAUGAAGACGCUGGUCUGCUCCUGGAAUGGGUGGUUCUGGUACCUGAAGGAGCUGACCGUCCUGGUGUCGGUCCUCAACGUCUGCUUGGACCCUCUCAUCUACUUCAUCUUCUGCAAGGCUUUCCGGGCCCAGAUGAGCAUGAGGUCUUCAAGGAGCAUCAACAACACGGACAGUCCGACGCAGGUGGACACCACCGACAGGCGGAGCAGCGACGGAUGGAUGAACUCCCUCAGGAACCUCAGGAAGUUGUCAGUCGUCUCACUGACUAAGCAAACCAGCGUGGUGUAGACUUCACACGCUCCUGAACCAAUCUUUUACCAAUGUCAGAAAAUCCAGACUGGAAGUUCAAGGAAACCCUGUAAAUCCAUCUUAGAGUUAUUGAAGGAACCGAAUCACCAACAGAUCCUGAACCUGACACCAGUGGAGGGAAGUUGUUGAUCUUCACCUUUAAUAGUUUAACUUGAACAUCCUCUUCUGAACAGGAAGAACACAGAGAUUUUCUCAAACAGUUACAUAAGUUGCAUCAUAUAAUCUCACAAGCAUCAAGGUCAACACAUUUUUGGGACUUUAUUCAGUUAUUUGACUGAAAUUGACAGUAGAGUCAUCCUGACUGUUUGGUUCACCUUCCUUGGUGUUGACCAAUGAUUUUCAAGGUUUUACAAACAUCUCCCAGAAUCUUUCUAAAGCUUCGGCUUUUUCACUCGUGCUUCAGGUUCAAAUGAAGCAAGUCUGAAAGUCAGUCCAUUAGAGGUCCAUGUUUCCAUCACCGUUUCAUUUCUGCACAUUUUUAAGUAUCACAGCAGAAAAGGUGGUUGGACCAUCAAAAUCCAAAAUCCUCAAUUUCCCAAAAUCAUUUUUCUGCUGGCUUGAUGUGGUUUUUGAGUUAAUGUGCUAGAAGGGAGAUGGAAACACAUUUUGCAGAAUAAGGUCUAAUUUUCCCAUCCACUGGUCUGGUGUGCCUUACCAGAAACACAAAACUCAGGAAUAUCUCAAAGUCCAAGCCUCCAGCUUGGAGGGGAAGACUUUUCACUAAUCUGAGAUGUGUGGUCCAUGUUAGCUAGCAACCCCUACUUCCUGUUUAUUACGGCCAUGCGUAGCGUCUGAUGAAAUCACACUCUGAUUAAUUCACUCCAAACCAGACGAUGGAGAUGCUUAUUUCACAUUCGAAUCCUUUCUUUUUAGCAACAUUUUAAAAGUUUGCUUAAAAUUCACAUCACCACUGGAUGGAGCUACAGCACCGUUAGCACCGUUAGCAGCUCAGGUAGCAGAUGUGAGAAGGCCAAGGUGUGUUUUUAAAUGAAAUGAAACGAUGGGAUUCUCUCACUGACCGUCCCUGAUCAAAGGUUCUACGAUGUGAACACAGAGACCAGUGAAUGUCACUUGCAGACUAGUUAGCUUAGCUUCAAGUUGAUGUGAAUUAUGUGCAGAAACACAACAGCUAAGUCAAAGUGAAAAGCUGUUGAUUUACCGGGCCGUCUAUGUUCUGACCCUCAGUGACGGUCAUGAAACCUGGACCAGAGGAUCUAGAAGUUGACUUUGCUUGGACGUGUGUGGGAAUCUGGUGGAAGAGCCGCUGCUUCUCCGAUAAAAUAACAGCUUUUCACAACAAGCUGAUCAUCUGCACGGCCGGUUUCAUCAAACAUCUCUUUGAGAAUCACUUUGUUACAGAACCAGCUGGUUCUUUUCCAGGUCUCUGGUUUGUCCAUGAAAAUCUGUGGCUUCAACAAAAACUGUUUUUCUGAUGAAAGUCCUGAACAGGAACUGGACCAGAACAUCAAGAAAAACCUCCAGACGUGGUUCUGUUUAGUUCCUGCAGGUAGUUUCAGUUCCUGAGAAGAAGAUCCAGUUGUGGAUGUAACAGUUCAAACCUCCUCAUCUCGUUCAUAAUCUCCCAAUAAUCACCUAAUAAUCCCGUUUUCCAGAGUUUUAGUUGCACUGGUUCCUUUAAAUGUGAAGAGUCAAAGUUCACGUCUGAUUGGUCGACUAAACAGGAGCGAAUGUAGCGCCGGGAAAAAGUAUUUAUACCCUUAUUAUUGUCUUCUGCUCUUGCAUUAAGUAAAUGUCAGAUUAUCAGAUUAUUGUUAAUCUCAAAUAAAGAUAACCUGAGAAAACAUAAAAAGCUUUUUUCAAACUUUGAUUUCUGUAAUUAAGAUUCUUAAUCUCUGGAAAAUUCAUAUCUGUGUGCAAUAUGUUAUAUUUAUCUAUACUUAGUCUGUUUAUCAGGAAUACUUUGAUGGGAUUUCAAAAGUCUUUACAACGUUUUUGUGUUUUCAUCACUUAGAUUGUUAAUAAAAACUUCAAGUUUUACCACA